AUGCCUGGCAAUUUAGGGAUAGGGCAUGUUCGGUACUCCACGGCGGGGUGUAGCGAUUUGUCCGGCGCGCAGCCACUUGAAGCUCAUGGGAAGCUCGGUGAUUUGGCGGUGGCCCACAACGGAACCUUGGUAAAUGCGGGAGUCCUGAGGUCUCUUUUGGAAGAUGGUGGGAUUCUCUUCCGAACCGAGACGGAUUCCGAAGUUCUCUUGGCCAUGAUUGCCCGCCGGGCUGCUAAGGGCUUGGAAAGUGCCGUGGCAGAAGCAAUGAGUGCCGUAAAGGGGUCGUAUGCCCUGGUUCUGGCUGCGGGAAACAGGCUUUUGGGUGCCCGGGAUCCUCAUGGUAUCCGUCCGAUUAUCCUCGGGAGGAAGGGGGAGCGUUGGUACCUUGCAUCGGAGUCCUGUGCUCUAGAAGCGGUGGAGGCCCAGGCCGUCCGGGAUCUGAAACCAGGGGAAGUUAUACUUAUCGAUGAACAGGGUCCCCGGAGCAUUGUCCAGGAUUUGGCUAAUGAUAGGGCCACCUGCGUUUUUGAGUACAUAUACUUUGCCCGUCCAGACAGUCGGAUCGAUGGAAUCUCCGUAAUGGAAAGCCGCCUUGCCAUGGGGCGGGAAUUAGCCCGGGAAUGGGAUAUCCAAGCUGACCUUGUCUGCGGUGUUCCUGAUUCGGGUGUGCCGGCGGCCCUGGGAUAUGCAAGGGAAUCCGGGGUGAAUUACGGGAUAGUUUUAUAA